AGUCUUUAUUUUCCACUUUGAAGCUUGUUUUCGGCUGUUGAUGGGAGCCGCUGGCGCUGCUGUCGCCCGAUCGUCGACACUCAUGUGCCGGAAGUAUGCGUAAAACCGCCUCGGUCCCAGCGUCGACGUUUUUUUCCCACUUGUUCUGUUUUUUCUAUCGUUUUUUCGCCUUUCCUUUUUUAUUUUACCAGGCAGUGGAGUGAAUGCACGGGUCACGUCAUUCUGUGGGCUGUCCGUCCGCCUCUGUUAUCGCGCAGUAGAUUCGCCUCAGCCUGUCAAUUAUAUUCAGAUAUUUAGAUUUAAUGGCUUAUUUGCAAAUAAAUAUAUUUUGAACAUGCUUUAUUAUGGUGAAGCACAUAAUUUGAUUUUAAUCGCUUUCAAAGAAGAACAAAGCACAGCUCAUUCUCUCCUCUGCAACAAAGUGAUAAAUUGCAGCCGGAGCUUCUGUAUAAACCCGCCAUCUGUAAUGUUAGAACCCGGGCACAGAGACUCGCGACUGAAGUGAUGGGGAGAUAUGAUGUGUUAUGAAGGGUUAGAGUCACAUAUGGAGUUUAGAACAAGCUGCUAAUGCGAAUUGGUUUGUUUUUGUAACAAUGAUCAUAAAUCGUGUUAUGAUAGAUCAGAUCUUCCUGUAUAAUAUUUCGCCAGUCGUGCUCUUCAAUUACAUAAAUAAACGUCGUAUUAACAUUUCUGGAAUAUGCAUUUUCGCUGUUUUAUAGACACUGCAGGGGUGAUGGAGGACUCGCAUUUCAGCUCUUCAUACUUCUGGUCUCCUGUGCAGGGGCAGAUCGAGAAUGCUGUAUUUCUCAAUAAAGUAAAGGAGCAGCUUGGUCAUGACAAAAGCCCCACCUACUCACAUGGCCCUGCCCACUAUCCCCCUACAGCAGUGGUGGCUGUCGCUGGGGGUCCCAUGGAAGCACCGACAUCAAGAACACUAAAACAAGAGCAUGUGCAACCGUCCCAUUCCUCACACAGUAUAACAGUGGUGCCGGUACCACCUUCUGGCAUCAUGACGGCAGCGGGUUUGGUCACCCUGGUGUCUCCGGUGUCUUCGGCUCAGUCUCUUAUUCCUGGACACCCCUCAAUGAUAACAGUCCAGACAGACAAGAAAAAUGACUCCUUGCCCUGCUCACCGGUCAUCAUCCCAUUACCUUCCAAACGUUGCAGAAAGAAGAAAGAAACACUCCCGCUAGUUGGCUCUCCUACUGGGACAGAUCCCUUGAUUUUGGGUCUUUCAGGACAGCAUCUUUCUACACACCCUUAUAGCCUCUCCCCAGAAGAAGGGCAUGCUGGGAAAGAAGGCAGCAAAACAUACAGGUGCCGGAUGUGUGGUUUGACGUUCUGCAGUAAGUCAGACAUGCAGCUGCACUCCAAGUCACACACGGAGGUGAAAGCUCACCAGUGUCCGCACUGCUCCAAAUCCUUCGCUAACACCAGCUACCUGGCCCAGCACAUCCGCAUCCACAGCGGUGCCAAGCCCUACACCUGCUCCUACUGCCAGAAGGCUUUCAGACAGCUCAGUCACUUACAGCAGCACACACGAAACCACACAGAAUCCAAACCUCACAAGUGUCCUCACUGCACGAAAUCAUUUGCCAACUCAAGCUACCUUGCUCAGCAUGUGCGAAUACACACUGGAGUUAAACCGUACACCUGUAGCUACUGCGAGAAGACCUUCAGACAGCUCAGUCACUUACAGCAACACCACAGGAUCCACACAGGAGACAGGCCAUACAAAUGUACACACAUGGGCUGUGAAAAGUCUUUCACUCAGCUCUCUAAUUUGCAGUCCCAUCGGCGUCAGCACAACAAGGACAAACCAUACAAGUGUCACCACUGUAAUCGAGGAUAUGUAGACGCAGCCGGCCUGGAUAUUCAUCUGUCCACGCACACGGUUAAGCAUGCUAAGCUGUACUCCUGUGGUUUAUGCCACCGCACAUAUACCUCGGAGACGUAUCUAAUGAAGCACAUGCAAAAACACGCUCCGGAUAUGCUUCCAUCUCCACCUGGAUCAAACCAGCAUAGUCACAGUCCCGGACGCGCUGGAGGAAGCGGUUCAGAAGGAGACGGGCAGAGCAGAAUUGAAAGGAGUGAUGUUUUUGUCCAACCGGUCAGUGUGCCGUGUGUGUAUGACAUGAACCAGUACAAACCAGUACCUGCAGCAGACGUGCAGUACAAAACCGUCAGCGUGUCUGACAUCUCCCCUCACAAAGACCUCUGCAUCACCGUGGAGGCUUCAGCCAUACAGGCGAACCACCUGAACUCUUGAGGAUCAAACUGUGGAGGUUAGAAAAACUGUUGUAGAUGACGAGAUCCACACAGAGCUGUGGAGACAGAGCGAAUUUUCUUAUUCAAAGGCGCAUUGUUUGUGUGAAAGAGCAAGAGGAUUUGAAUGAACUCAAAUGAAGGAGGUCUACUUUUGUAUUGUUUUCUUUUCCUUUUUUUGUUACAUUUGUUGCUGUAAUCCUGAUCUUCCUCACAAAAAGCUUCCUUGAAGGCUGUGGCUGUUUCGGUGGGUGUCAACUUCAUAUCUCCAGUCUUUCCAUGACAUUUUUGCUAGUUUCACCCGUUUAUACGGUGGUUUUUGUCUGUAGGUGUUGGUACGAUCACUCCAGCAUCACCAUUACUAUUGUUACUGUCAACAAGAAUGGUAAUAUUGUGUCUUGCACAGUAGGUUUGGAAAUUGUUUCUUUUUUUCCAUUUUAAAAGGGAAGUUUGUUUGCAGUCAAACAAAAGCACGUAUAUAUGAUUAUCAGAUAUAUUGUGUGUAAAUGAGUAAAGGAUAACAGCAAACAGGACACAAAUAUAUUAGGAGAUGGAUUUUAUGGAAAACAAAUGAUUAUGUGUAGUGUUUCUAUCUGCAGACGACAUGUAAUAUUCUAUUAUUACUGUUUUUACUGUUUUACUAUUUAAAAAAAAAGAGCAAUUAUGCACCCCAGACAUCAACCUCUAGACAUUACCAAAAUCAGAUUACUGUGCAUUAACCUUUUAAAAUGAGAUAUUAAAAAAAUUAUAAUUGUGUGCCGCA